GUAUAUACAGUACAGUAAGUUACAACAGCUUAUCAUAUACUACCGUUAGUGCCAGUCGUGCUCGGCGCGAAGCGUCUCACGGCGGCAAGGCACAUGAUGUGUGAUGAGACCUCCAUCGAGUGCUAGAACUGCUGAUAGGCCUUUUUAAGUGAUUUUUGAGCCAACUUCUCCCAGGUUGUUGUCUUGCUAUCAGCUUGCAUCUAUCUACCAUUAGCUUCCUAGCGCCUCUAGAUACACCAUGCUUGACCAAAAUCACAUCGUUACAUCUGAUACAACAUCGGGACACGAUGUAGUGUCGUCCCUCGUUUCAAACAAAGAUGCGGGCGGCCACGAUGGCUCUCCGGAGCGCGAUUCCGAGUGUGGUUGUAAUUCCACGCCGCUUGGUUCAAGACCACCAUUCGCAGGAAUAUCUCGAGAGAGACUCAAAAUACGUACUGCGAACACACAGGUCAACAAAGGUGAGGCGAAAUCGGAUGGGGACGAGCCACCACAAUCAGUGAUACAUGCUCCUGCAGGUUUUGGUGACUUUUGCCACUUGUCAGUACGCUUGCACCAUCGAGUGCAUUGAAGUCAUAUACAUCACAUCAAACAGCACAGUCAUCCUCGGGUCAUGAUCUUACGGCGCUCGCAGUUGGGCCUGAAAGCCCUAUAUCACCACC